AUGAAAUUUAAGUUUAAUAGCAAUAAUUUAAAGAAGAAGAAGAUGAAGGUAGAAGAACAAAUAGUGGAAGCAUUGAUAAAGAAAGAUGAAGAAAAUGAAAAAUGGUUGAAGGAUGUAACUUUUGAUCUCAUCUUUAGUAUAUUCGUUGCUGUUUCUUGUUCUUUCUUUUCCGGAUUUGCUAUUGGCUACUCCUCUCCUGUUCAAUCAGUAAUCCUCACAGACUUGCACCUUUCUACUGCAGAGUUUUCCUUCUUUGGAUCAAUAUUAACAAUAGGAGGUCUAUUAGGAGCACUUGUAUCUGGUAAACUAUCCGAUUUCAUUGGUCGUCGAGGAACAAUGGGGAUUUCAAGCAUACUCGGCCUCUGUGGGUGGCUUUCCAUAGCAUAUUCACAGGGUGCUAUGUCCCUAGAUAUUGGUAGAUUAACGCUUGGUCUAGCAAACGGACUCAUUUCUUAUGUGGUUCCAGUGUAUAUAGCGGAAAUUACACCAAAGAAUCUUCGAGGUGGAUCAGUACUUCUCCAUCAGCUAUUAACAUGCUGUGGGGUAGCAGUUGUGUUCGUUGUUGGCCUUAUAACUAGUUGGCGCGUCUUAGCUCUGAUUGGUGCUGUUCCAUGUAUGGUACAGCUUUCAGGAUUAUGCUUCAUUCCCGAGUCUCCUAGGUGGCUGCUAAAGACCGUUUCUGAAGAAGCUUUCGAAGCAGCUUUGAAACAUCUAAGAGGAGAACAUACCGAUAUAUCUAAAGAGGCAGCAGAAAUAUUAGAAUACACAGAAGCUGCAGAAAAUUCAUCAUACAACUUCUUCAGUAUGUUCCAAAUCAAAUACGCGUAUGCGCUUAUUGUCACACUUGGACUCAUGGCACUAGCAGGAUUUGGUGGGACAUUCGGGAUUUUGUUUUACGCAGCUGCAAUCUUCGAAUCAGCUAGAGUUUCAGGAACUAUUGGAACAUUAGCAAUGGCACUUGUCCAGCUCCCGCCAACAGUUGCAGGCGUACUUUUGAUGGAUAAGUAUGGUAGACGACCACUUCUACUCUUUUCUGCAGGAGGCAUGUUCAUAGCUUGCUUCUUGGUAGCUCUAUCUUUCAUGUUAGAGGCACAUGUUUGGACGACAGAUUUCAGUCCCUAUUUUGCACUUAUUGGAAUAUUGAUAUUCGCGGCUACUUAUCCAGUAGGCAUGGGAGGGAUACCAUUUGUUAUAAUGUCAGAGAUAUUCCCUAUAAACAUAAAAGGGGCAGCUGGGAGCUUAGCAACUGUAGUGAGCUUUACAAGUUCAUGGAUUGUUACCUAUACAUUUAACUUCAUGAUGCAAUGGAGCUCUUCAGGCACGUUUUUCGUGUUUACGAGUGUUAAUGUUAUCUCCCUGGUGUUCAUUGCGAGAUUAGUCCCAGAGACGAAGGGCCGAACAUUGGAAGAAAUACAGGAGCUAACAAUGUUCUUCGGUGUUUUUUUAUCUGAACAAGUGAGUAAUAAUGAGAUUAAUACAAUAACUGAACAGUAUAUUGAGAUUUCGAAUAAGAAACAUGAAAAUGUAAUAGAGUCGUCAAAUUCUUCUCUCUCUCAUCUUGCACUGAAGUUGUUGUUUGGUGAUGGCUUUCUUCUUGGAGAAGAACCAUGGACCAGUAAGGAUGAAGAAAUUUCGGCUAUGUUUGAUUUGGGACUUGAUCUACCUCAUGAUGACUUUUUUCCUUCAUCUGACUCAGAAGAUUAUGAUGGUGAAGAUGAUGAUACUGUUUAUGAUGUUAAGGGACCCUUCUCUCGUAUGUGA